AUGUCAACAUCCGCCGGCGGUUCACUCGUCAUCAUCACCUGCAAAGAACCUAAACCCGAACUCGACCUAUCCCCCCUCUUCAACCUCAACCCAGACAACACGUCCGUCAUCCCGACCCCCGGCGGUCGCACUGAAGGCACUGUCGGUAGUAUAUAUCAGGCUGACCAGACGAAACGUAUUGCUAUGAUUGCUGUUAUUCAGCAUGCCGGUGGGUUGUCUUUCCCAUCUCCUACCUAUCCCGUUUCUACUCCCUUCCUUCCGUCCACUGCCAAGAAGAUCAUGAGCGCAGUGGAUGGGAAUUGA